AGAUAUAUAUCAGGGAUGUGAUUUUUCCGGAUUAAUCCGGAAUUCCGGAUUUUCCGACCUGAAAAUGUGACCUACGUGAAUCAUGCAGAUCUGUAAAAAAAAAAAAAAAAAAAAAAAAAAAAGGGGGGGGGGGUGUUGGCCGUCACCUCACAGCCGUCACCAUGGUAACCGCGGGAUCGCGGGAUGCGCAACAAGGACUGUAUCGUGACAAGAACAUCGCGGGAUUGGAUGAUCUGGGUAUGUAUUAUUGCUUGUGUCUAUAUAUAACCUAUAAGUUACUAAUUUGACUUUGUUGUCGAUUGAUUAGAUGAUCGAUUUUGAUAGAUUUUCCACUAUGGCAGGAUGUUUAAGCUGCAUUUAACAUUAACUUAGCAGCUAACCUUACUUGUAUUUGCUAGCACUAGCUAGGGAUGCAAACAGCGCGCUUUUCGGCGCCCCGCGCUUUUUUCACGUCAGUUUGGGUGACAAAGUCAUCUGAAGCCAUUCCAUAGCUUAAUGUGAGGGACAUAAGUCUAUUUACAUCAUUAAAGUUAACAGAAACUCGUUUUCCCUCCUCUGCGGCUGUCAAUCAUAGUCUCCAUUCAGUAACGUUAUUCAAACAGCGCGCGUGCCUCUUGUGGUUACAGCAGGAUGCACGUUAAAACUCUCUCCAAUAUGAUAUAUUCACAUUAUAAUGCUUGAUCUGUGGAUAAAAGGAUGUGGAUUUGCAUAAAAUUACUUUAUUUUAAAUUAUUGGAGUUUGUUGCUGUUUUUAAACGACUCGCUACCGUGUGCUUGUUAGAUCACACACAUCACAAGGAAUCGGCAUCAAACGCGCACAAUAACUGGAAUUUAAAACUUUGAAGAAACAAAUGAUCAAUAAACUGUUGGACAGAUAACACUAGGAUUUGUGCGCUCGACAUUUCUUGGCUUUGUGCCGUGAACUUUUAAAUGCGCACUUGUAUGUUAUUUCUGUGUAGUGUAGUGUAGGCUAUAUAAAUAUAAACACUUCUGAAUUUUUGACAUUCAUAUAUAAAUAUAUAACGUUAAUUGUGAAAUGUAUGAUUGCCUGAUUCAAUUUUAUUAGAGUACGAAUAGUAAUUUGUAAUAUUACAUAAUACAUUUAUGUAAUAUUUAAAGUUGUUAACUGUAAUUUAACUUACACUGCAAAAUAAUAAUUUACAAAGGAUUAAAUUUAUCACAAUUAUGUAAGUAUCUGGAUAUUUGACGUGGGGUGAGGGCUUUAAAAACCUCUCUCUUUUUUGACCAUACAUGUGUUUGCAUCCCAUAAUAAGAUAAGUUAGCUACUACUAGCCACCCUUAAAACUUUGCUGUAUGUGGUUACUACCCACAGAGUGGUGUUUUAGUUUAAUCGCGCACUUCUGUGCCUGUCUGUUCACAUGAGUAGCCCAGUGACCCCGUGGAUCCAAUAUGUUUAAUGGCAGAGCAGACAUGGAAAGUAUUAACUUUCUAAGCUAUAGCAAGUGUUAUUCCAUUCUGCGCUCGCACACCUCUGCUCUAGUUUUCAAACUUUCUGAAGAGCGGAUAGACAUACAGUACAUAGUCAAACAUGUAAAAAUGAAUAUAUUUUCUGAUAUGGAUUCUUACAUUCUAAUGAAAAUUUUCCAUUAUUCUUGAUUUCCAGCAUACACAGACUCAUGGCCAAGCUAGCACUGAACAGCCCUGAAUUAAAGUCUAUCGAACAGGGGGUCAAGAAUCGGUUCAAAUGGAGCUGGUUGCUGGAGACUGUCCAAGUUGAGGGAAACACUUUCUCACUCAAUUGCUUUAGCAAAAUUAGAGAACCAGGCAAAGCUAUUUGCAACAUUUGCAACCACCCUAUUAACUAUGGCACAAGUGGGAAGAUUGCACUCCGGAAACAUAUGAUGCAUCCAAAACAUGUGAAACUGUGGAAGAUCCAACAGCAGAACAUGCACAUUGAGAUCGCACGAGCUGAUAACAUCAUUGUUGCGGCUCCGCACAACAACUCGGCGCAACCCAGAUCAAUUCCUCCUCUAUGCAACCGUGUUGCUCAGGAUCAAGCACUCAUUCUUGGAUUCAUUGCUGAAAAUUCUCUUCCCCUGUCAGUCACGUCUGGGAUUAUUAAAUUAGCUCAAGAGUUGGCCAAAGAUCCAAAAGCACUUGCUGAACUGUCAAUGGACAGGACAUCUGCCUCAUACAAACUCACCCAUGGUGUGAAGAAGACUAUCCUGGAUGAAGUACUUGAGGAAAUCAGAAAUGUCCCCUUCUCCCUCAACAUAGAUGAGGCCACAAGCAAGACAAACAAAAGAGUAUUAGGUGUGCUUGUCAGCUACUGGUCCGAGAAACACGAGAGGAUGGUUGUCCAACACCUUGCAGCUUUGGAGCUCAUAUCUGUAACGGCAGAAUCUCUCUUCAGUGCACUGGAUGGGCUUUUUGAAAGGAUGAAUCUCCCAUGGGAUAAUCUGGUGUCAAUUCUCAUGGACUCCUGUGCUGUUAUGAGGGGCUCUAAAAAUGGCUUGGAAAAGAAGAUCAUAGACCGCCGUGCCCCUCAUCUCCUUGACAUCGAUGGUGACUCAUGUCACCACCUUCAUAAUGCCAGCAAGAAAUUGUGCUGUCCUUUUGAGCGUUGGGUUGAGUCUUUGCUGUCAGACCUGCACACAGACCACAAAUGGUCAGCUGACAUGAAAGAUGGCCUCAGAGAAAUUUGCAGCAUAUUUGGAAUCCAUUUCUCGCGGCCAGAGUGCUAUAUUCCACACCGGUGGCUCUCAGUCUUGGAUGUCAGUCUGGAAACACUGCGAAUGUGGGAUGCACUGGUCAUGUUUUACUAUGCCUUCCUGAGCAAUGAAGAUAAGUGUACAUACAAGGACAUUGUCAGUGCUAUUCUACAGAAGCGUGAAGUACAGGGAACAGGCAGGGCCCGGAUCAAGGAGUUGUGGAAGGAGUUGGGGAACAGGUCCAAGAACUUCACUAACGAGGGGAAGAUGAGGAAGGUCAGGAUUUGCAAGAAGGUGCUAUUUGAGGACAAGAAAACCCUCCUUGAGCUCCACUUCUAUUCAGCAGUCCUUCCCAUGCUGAAACAUUAUGUCCUGCUUUUUCAGUCCAAGGACCCAAAGGUUCAUAAACUCCAUGAUGAGCAGGAGAAACUUGUCAGGGAGUUUUUAUCUUGCUUCAUCAAGCCAGAAAAAUUAAUUAACAGCAAAGGAAGGAAUCUGUCUGGGCCAAAGAUGAAGUUGCUUGACCUGACAUCGACAGAGGCCCAUCUCGCAGCACCUUUUGUUGGCUCUGAGGCCUCAUCCCUCCUUGACCAACUAGGGAGGGAACACCCUGUGGUGAAGGCUUUCAAAACUAAGGUAAUCCAAGCCUACACCAGCUGUGCAGGUGACCUUCAAACAAAGCUACCUCUUGACAGUCCAACCCUAAGGACUCUGUCAUGCUUGGACCCAGAUGCACGGGGAAGCCAUCACAUUCUUCCUCAUCUCCAGAAGUUGCCGAACAUGUUUCCAGGUGUGAAGCUUAAUGAACUGGAGAGAGCUGGAUUUCAACAUGAAAUACACAGAUAUGCAAGUGACAUGACACUACCUCAGAUGACAGAGGAGGCAAGAGUCGAUUUAUGGUGGAAUGUUGUGAGAAACACUCAGAGGUACCCAGCGCUCUGCAAGCUUGCACUGUCUGCACUAUGCCCAUUUCAUGGUCCACAGGUGGAAUCAGCAUUCAGUGUAAUGUCCAACAUCCUGCAAGCCAAAGCUGCAAACCUAAGUGUUGAGACGUAUGAGUCCUAUCAAGUGGUCAAAUACAACCUGAAGGCCAUGCAGGUGUCGGCCAUUCAGCACUACUCCCGGAAGACAAAGGAGAGUCCUGUUAAUGUACAGCUGUGCAGAAAUGUAAAACGAUCGAGCCAAAGGUACAGAGCUCUGCUCAGAGAUAAAGAAGAACUGAACAAAAGGCCAUAUCACUCUGAGAAGCCAACGGCCGGCAAGAAAAUGGCAAAAGAUGCCAUCGUGGCAGCAGCUAUGUCAUGGCGGCCGACCUACCGGAGCUCCAAGUUUCGAAACGUCUAUGGCAAAGUGGCCAACCGAGAGCACUGCUUCGAGGGCAUCCCGAUCACAAAGAACGUCCAUGACAACCACUUCUGCGCGGUCAACGCUAAGUUCCUUGCCAUAGUAACGGAGAGCGCGGGAGGAGGAACCUUCGUUGUUAUCCCGGUCACUCAGUUUGGCCGUAUCGACCCUCACUAUCCGAAGGUCUGCGGUCACCAAGGCAAUGUGCUGGACAUCAAAUGGAAUCCUUUUCAUGACAACAUAAUCGCUUCUUGUUCAGAGGAUGCUUCUGUGCGGAUAUGGGAGAUUCCUGAUGGUGGACUGAGGAGGAAUUUGACAGAGUCUGUAUUAGAACUGUAUGGCCACAGCAGGCGUGUGGGGCUCAUAGAGUGGCACCCAACCACUAGUGGGAUUCUCUUCAGUGCUGGUUAUGACUACAAGAUUCUCAUUUGGAAUCUUGAGAUUGGAGAGCCGGUGAAAAUGAUUGACUGUCACACAGACGUGAUCCUCUGUAUGUCAUUUAACACAGAGGGCAGCCUGCUGGCCACCAGCUGCAAGGACAAGAAGCUCCGCGUCAUCGAGCCUCGCUCUGGCAAUGUGUUACAGGAGGCGAACUUUAAAAACCACAAAGUGAGCCGUGUUGUGUUCCUAGGCAACAUGAAACGACUCCUAACGACAGGUGUGUCCCGCUGGAACACACGCCAGAUUGCUCUCUGGGACCAGGAGGAUCUGUCCAUGCCAAUCAUUGAGGAGGAGAUUGAUGGCCUUUCAGGAUUGCUUUUCCCUUUCUAUGAUGCAGACACACAUAUGCUCUACUUGGCAGGAAAGGGUGAUGGGAACAUCCGUUACUAUGAGAUCACCCUGGAGAAACCCUACCUGCAGUAUCUGAUGGAGUUCAGGUCCCCUGCACCACAGAAAGGGCUCGGAGUGAUGCCGAAGCAUGGGCUUGAUGUAGGAGCGUGUGAAGUCUUCAGAUUUUAUAAGUUGGUCACUCUAAAGGGUCUGAUUGAGCCAAUCUCUAUGAUCGUGCCUAGAAGGUCAGAGACAUAUCAGGAGGACAUUUAUCCCAUGACUCCUGGGACAGAACCUGCUCUGUCUGCCGAUGAAUGGCUCAGUGGAAUCAACCGAGGUCCAGUGCUCAUGUCUUUAAAAGAGGGCUACAACAGACCAAACAAACUGGUGUUCAAGGCCCCUGUGAAGGAGAAGAAGGGUGGAGUGGUCAAUGGGAUUGACCUGCUAGAAAACGUGCCUCCCCGUACAGAGAACGAGCUCUUGCGGAUGUUCUUCAGGCAGCAGGAGGAAUUGCGGCGACUGAAGGACGAACUUACGCAGAGGGACAUUAAGAUUCGACAGCUUGAGCUGGAGCUCAAUAACAUAAGAAACAGCCCAAACAUCAACAACAAUAACAACAGCAGCAGCAAUGGUAGCAGCAUUUGACACUGGAUUUGUGCUGUGUCUUGUGAUCUCCUAAAGUGAGCGCUGCUGAAACACACAGGCUUCCUUCUCCUAAAACCAAGACCACAGAAGAGCAAGCGCUUGUCUUUAUAAAGCAGUGUCUCGCUCUGACCCCCAGUGUGGACCCCACAGCUGCUGUGUCCUUCAGCCACACUGAUGGUCUACAUGCAGUGGAUUGAUUCUCUCUAUUUGGAUUGGGUUUGGUACAAGCUAUUCAUUGCAUUAUCAUCUCAUAAUUGUAGACCUCACUAGAUUUAAUUAUUAGAAUUAUUUAUUUCAUAUUUUUUUCUUUGUGCAACUUAGCCUCGUUAGCUAAGCUAAAUUGCUUAAUAAACUCCAUAUAGAGAAGAAACGUGUUUUAAUAAGGUCAAACAGGCAUGCUUCACCCAUCAAGCUGUUAUCUCAUGUAAACACUAAGUCUACUGCAUCAUUUUGAUAUGACUGCACAAUGCUGUUUUAAUGUAGAAACUCAAACACCCCAGUUCAAUAAUCUUACACCACAGAUGGUAUUUAUCCAAUUGACUCUAGAAGUAAUAGGUUUUACUAAUACAAGUUGUGCACUGUUGCUUCUCAUAUGUGAAGUAUGUUCAGGUCAGUUAAUGACGGCAAUUCGAAUGGGGUUUUAAGUUAAAUAAAGCUCAGAAUAAUUUCAGAAUACAUUUAGAAAAAAUACAGUUUGCACCUGAUGAAAAUAUAAAAGUCCACAAAUUGUAAAAUGCAAUUAUGAAAUAAAUUAGUAAUAGGUAUAAGAGACUUACACUGCAUUUCUGCAGGAAAGUCAAGUUUGGAGAGAACAUGAGAAAAAGAAUGUUCGAUAAUGAGACACAACAAUGGUUACAAUUAAUGGCAAUACUUCAUUUUAAAGACUUACUGUGAUUCAUAAAGCAUACAGUUACUUUUUUAUAAAAUUUUAAAUCAAACGUAUUUAUUGAUUUCCAUUUUCAGUUCCUACUUUUAAGUGAAGAGUCUUGAGUUAACAUGAAUUUACUGUAGGCUAUCCUUGCAGUCACGCUCUUCAGUGCGCGCUGCACUCUAGAAGUUUACGUAAUUGUGAUUUUAAACAUUGGUUUUGUCCAGAACAAACUGAACCAGUUUUAAAAAAAUAAAAAUAAAAAAAAAGGUUGGACGGCACAUUUAAUAGAGCACUUAUGAGCUAAUGUGUUGUCCCCUUUAAAAAUAUAUUGAUCAUCUGAUUGCCAAAUGAACUAACCUUGCUUGACCAACGCGGAAAGCCCGGUUCACCUCUGAAUUCAACCAUCACGUGUUCGCCAUUUUCCUGAAAACAAUAUGAGCCUCAAUCUUUGUAAAUAUUUUGCUUCAUAAAAAUCCCCAGCAUCCACUGCUUCUUAUUGCAUAGUAAUAGCGCGUUUUGAGGUAAAGUGCACUUAAGGUAUUCUGACAUUAGGGGGCGGUAAAGUCACAGACUUGCUCACGUCACGUACUGAAAGGCCUACGCUUGCCAUGAAACGGACUACACAGCAUCCUCUUAACAUGAUAAAAGAGCAGUUCAGAAAGAGCAGUUCAGACACAAGCAGUAGUACUUAAGGAACACUGGAAUUAAUACUAACACUGGGCCUACUUAAAUGCGCCAAAGAGUGACAAACAGGUUGUUUACAUGGCCUGUGGUUACGUUCCAAAUCUUCUGCCUGAUAAUUGUGCAUCAUUGAAAAUGUUGAGGUGAAGUGGUUAUUAAUUUGUUCACAGUGUGAGGUGCCAGAAUACUUAUGUUGUACUCAGGCCCCUUUUAUCUGGUGUUAGACAAGGCGCUCACUGCCUACACAAGCCUAAUUAAUGUAGAAAUAUUUCAAGCUGACAGUGCCUAAGGAAUUAUGAGGCUAUUAGGCUAACCUUUGUCUUUGAUUAAAAUGAAUAACAUUGAUAGGGAAUCAUUACCCUGUAUUUCACGAUUCAUUAUGAUUAACUGACUAACUACAGCAUGUUGCACAAAAGGUAAGUGCAUACAAAGUAAAAACCUCUUCCUGAUGAAGAACAAUCAUGUGCGGAGUUGAAUUUACUCCAAUGGUUCAUCAAAUCUAAACGCCUAGACCAGUGGUCUGGAGGGCCACAGAUCUGCAGUUUCGCUCCAAAUCACACCUGCUUGGAAGUUUCUAGUAAUCCUGAAAACCUUAAGUAGCUGGACCAGGUGUGUUUGAUUAGGCUUGGAGCUAAACUGUGCAGAGCUGUGGCUCUCAGGGAAUUGAGUUUAAGACCAAUGGUCUAGACUCUAGACCGAGACUAGCUAAAUUUACCUUGCGAUCUCACACAAAAAAAUCCACACAGAUCAUAAUUAACACCUCUUCCACUGUAUGCCAGGGAUCUCCAACCGUGCUCCUGGAGAGUUACCAUCCUGCAGACUUCAGUUCCAGCCCUGAACACCUUCAUCAGCUGGUUCAGGUGUGUUUGUUUGGGGUUGGAGCUGAACUUUGCAGGACAUGUUAGCAAAGCACAUGCGUGUACAGUAAAUAUUCACUGGAACAAAAAUGCUGACAUUCAUAUGAAAUCUGAAGUCUUCUUUUUAAUAAAAAAAAUUCAAUCAGUAUGAUCUGACAACUGGACAUAUCUCAGUUAAAACUGUCUAUGCGUUUUAUUUAAAUUGGCAUGAUGCUUCUGAAUAUCUACACAAUAUUCAGUCAUAAGCUAUUUUCCCUGAGCGUCACUAUGCAAUUUCACUUCACAUCAGUUAACCCGCUAUUUCAGUGGCGAGGUGACAUACACUUGCCAUUUCCGCACAAGACUUUAAAUACAUAAUCUGUUGAUCAAGUAUGUAAUCACAUCUAAUUACAAUAUAUGGAUUUUCUGUAGCUGUCAGAACAGAACUUCAAACUACCAUAGAACCGGUUGCGUUUUCAUUCAUUUUAUUACAGUUAAUGGUUACAACUGAGAUUAUUUGUGAAAAUGUCUGCCAUUAUCAAAGGGAAUCAGAAAAAAAUAUAUUUGGUCAUUAUUUACAAAGAACACAAAGCCUCUGAAACUAUCCACACAAAAGGGAGAAGGGGUUUAGGGCUCAUCUGACAAGGGCAGACAUUCGGCUCUGAACAUUAAAAAAUAAAAUAAAA